AUGGAAGAGCACCCAGAAGUAGCCAAAGGGCUUGGCAGCUUUAGUUCGGGCAAACAAAACAACACAGAAAUGUGGGACAAGUUCGCUGGUGAUUUGAACUGUCUUGGACCCCCAAUGCGAGAUGGCAGAGGUUGGAACAAGUUAUGGCUGGACUACAAAUUAAAAUUGAAGCAAAAUAUUGCUGCCAAUAAGAGAGAGAGCGUCGCUACUGGCGGGGGACCCUUUACUCAACUGAGUCUUUCACCUUUGGAGCAAUCAGUCGAUUCAUUGCUUGGUCUUCAAUAUGACGUUUGUCCAAGUGGAAGUACUUUUGGCGGCAUCAGUAGAUCUGUCAAAAAAGAAGCAAGUGCGCAUAUACCGGACACAGCAAUUGAAGACACAUUUGAAGCUGCUGUAAGCGAAAAUACAGAAGGAACCACCGGAAAUAUGGAAGACAUUAGCCGUUGCAUACAAGUUACGCCUUCUAAAAAAAGAAAACUUUCCGCAUCUGCUGUUAACGAGAGGGAGGAGGAGCGCAUUAAAUUUAAAAAAUGCAGGUAG